AAAAUAUCCUUAUACAAUUUUUUUGAAUGAAAACGAACUUUAAAUUCAAUUUGUGAAAAUAGAGAACAAUGUAUUUUAAGUUAAAUAAUUUUCUGAUACUAUUAGUUUUAGUUAAUUUAGGAUUUUCUUAUGCUAAGCUACCAAGUGUAAUUGAACGAUGUUCACGAAAAGACCCCAAUCCACGUGAUUGUAUUCGAGCAUCCGUUGAAAAGCUACGCACCAAUUUAGCUACAGGAAAUUGGGGUGAUGAUUUCAAAGUGCCAAAACUUGAGCCACUGCUGCUGGACGGAAUUUACAUGGACCGGGGAAAAGACUUUAAAGCCAACUUCACCGAUAUCAGUGUUAAUGGUCCAGGAAAAUGGAUUUUAGAGGAUAUCAAAGUGGCUGACCUUGAAAAAUUAACCUUUGAUUUUAUCCUAACUCUGCCAAAGCUGGAAUUCACGUCAAAAUAUUCACUGAAUGUUCGUUUGGCGAUCGUUGACAUCAAAGGAAAAGGAAACACAAAAGGAUAUUUCAAAAACUCUCGCGCUCGUGUACGUGUUCGUGGCUACGUCGAACCUAAGGAUGGCAAAAAUUAUGUUCGAUUCCGUCGGAUUCAAGUUCGUAUCAAUAUUCCAGAAGCUAAAUUUUAUCUCGAAAAUUUAUUCAAUGGUGACGAAGUGUUGGGACAACUUGGAAAUCGCGUCAUUAAUGAAAACUCUCAAAUAUUUUUGGCGGAUCUUGUGCCCGGAUUAGAGAAUAGUUUGUCAGAAAAGUUUACAGAUAUUAUUAACAAUGUCCUUCGAGAUGCAACCGUCGAGGAUAUGUUCCCACCAGAAUUGUAAAAAUAGUUUAAGUACUUUGUGAUAGAAUUAAAAUAUAAAUUAAAAAAUUAAAAUAUUUUUGAAUGCCAACAAAGUUUGAAUGAACUCUAUUUUUUUUUAUAUAUAUAUAUAUUUUUUUGUUUCAAAAAAAAUGUCAAAUGAU